GUUCUCGUGCGGAGCUUCUGGGCUGCCAUCGACUACCUGCGGGCGCGCGUGGCGCCAGGGAUUGCGGCUGUUCUGGAGAACUGCUGCCAUCUCUUCAGUUUGUGGUGGAUGCAGGAGGGCGUCGGCGACUUCCUGCAAAGCGGCUACCUCACUGCGCAGCAGGCCGGGCUUCUUCGCUCGGCGGUGCGGCGGCUGCUGCCGGUGCUCCGUGUUGACGCGAUACCUUUGGUCGAUGCUUGGGGCCACUCCGAUCACUCCCUGAACUCGGCACUCGGCCGGCGCGACGGCCGCGUGUACGAGGCUCUGUGGGAGUCAGCACAGGCCAAGAUGAACCCCAUGAACACGGAGGAGGUCACGCCGGCCUUCCGAGAGUCCAUCUAUCCCUGGAGACGGAGCAGAUUGUGA